CAUCAGCAUGUCACUCCUUACUUAUAGUAUAAUUCGAUUAUAAAUGUGGUGAAUAAAUUUAAAACAGCUAACUCCGCCGCUUCAACUGUUCACUUUUUUGAAAGGAGAAGCAUAAUUGUUUAUAGUAACUUUACGUACUUCCUUCCGAACGUGAAAUUUCUUCUCACUAUAUAUCUUGCGUUUACAUGCUAAUUAACACACCAUAUGUGCUUAUAACAUCAUGUAGUCAACGUAAUGCAGAAUAUUCGAUUACGUCAUUAUACUGUUAGAAAAUCAGAAAUUUAUAUAAUAGACAAUAUGUCUCCGAAAUUUAAAAUGAACAUUUUUCGGGUACAUUAUCUAAGUUGGAAGUAAUGGUCCCGAUGCGAUGAUUCAACAAUAAGUAAUAACGUUUUACAUUAACCACUCUCCAAUUUGUUUUAGUUUAAUUCAAUAGUCGGAUGCAUUAUGGUGAUUGAUCCCAAAAAGUUAGAAAACCUAGGAUAUAUUGGUUGUGAGCAAUCAGUUUAUGUGACCCAUUGCAUUCAGCAAAAGCGUUAAUUAUCGUGCUCGAGAAAUAAAUUAUAAUUACUACUGCUAUUUUCAGAUGUCUUUCACGAAUGCCAUUAUUUCUAGAAAAAUUGCUUAUAGAUAUGAAUUUAUCGAUGCUUCCGGGAUGAAUUCGGAAAAUUAGUGCUUACAGUUUGAAGUAAAAACACUGAUAUUUUUGAAUAGUCUACGCAUACUGCUUAUGAAGUAAAUGAACUACAAAAACAUACUUUUAGCUUCUAAUUUAUAUAUUACAUGCUGUCAUUUGAUGCGUCUGGAACGAGCUAUUCGUCAUUUUAAUCGGUAUUUAUUUCCUUUUGUUAUUGUCUUAAAGCAGUGAAACUAAUGCCAGUGUUAGUGUUAGUCCAAUAUGGAGAAGGUUCAUGGAAAAGCGUUGUUUUUGUUUCUGUUAUGCGCUGCAUAUCUCGCAGAAUACACAUGGGCUGAUAAAAAGAGUAAAGGGGUGACUUACAAGCCUUCUAAAGUUUGUGAGAAAGAUCAUCCAUUUAUGAAGAAAUAUCCUCAAGUCAAAAAGACAUGUUGUAGUUAUGUUAACGGGAAAAUGUCUAACGGAUGGACAGCAGCAGGAUAUCACCUCACUUCAUAUCUUUCAGAUUUAGAAGCAUGGAACUGUACGGAAUUCUAUGAUGAAUGUGUGUAUCGACCUUAUGCUUUCACAAACUUUACGAAAGCUGUUUAUUCGAGGUUUUGUAACAAAACGCAGUUCAUGUCGCAAUGUUUUUCGUCAAUAUCAAAGUUGCAUCACGAAAACAAUAAUAUUUCGUAUGAUAUGAAAUCAAGGAAUAUUACAGUCACAGAAGCUGACUGGAUAUCGCUCAUUACACCGCUGAGUGAUCUCAGCAUUGCCGACUCCUCGUUUCAGGAGCCAUGUGUACAAGUAGCAAUGUACGAUAUACCCGAACGUGGACCGUAUCAUGAAGUUAUCAAUGUACUUGUUCCAUUUUGUGGAUUUGUUUGGUGUGGGAUGGGAACGAAUGUAAAUGAUUUUGAUGGGGUAUCGGAUUGGACAUGUCUGCCUACAAGAUGCAGAGUCAAUAUGAUUAUAAUCGUAAUAAUCAUCUGCGUCAUGAGUGUGUUUGUGAUCGUUGCAAAUACUGUCGUCAUUACUGUGUUCAUGAAGAGCGAAAAGCUGUGGAAUGGACAAGCCUUGUACAAGAUUUCCAUUGCCCUUGCUGAUUCGCUAGUGGGCGUCGUGGUUCUGCCAUCUUUUGUAUCUACAUUUUACUUAUUUAUUUGGCAAAAACAUAACCAUAGUGAUAAGAUGUGGACCAUGCAUUCGCAUCAAACUGAUAAUGCCUCAGAAGAAUCUUCUGGAUACCUGAAUUCUGUCAGCCUCGACCGUGAUUUCAUUUUUAGCGACAGUGAAAGGGCUCCAUUGUGGUAUUUUGAUUUUGUCGGGUUCUUCACGACUCUUUCUCUCAGCGUUUCAGUCUACACACUUGUGGCUGCGGCAAUUGACAGAUUAUUGGCCAUUGCAAUGCCCAUGAAUUAUUUUAAACACAACACGAAACGAAUUGCAAAGUAUGUAAUAAUUUCUAUAUGGAUAAUAGCCGCGAUAUUUUCUAUUAUUCCUCCUAUUGUUGAAGGCUUGGAGUAUUCGGUUGUAGCUUCAACACUGAUUUCAUUAUCAGGAGGCAAUGCCCCUAUAAUAUACGCUGUCAUUUUUAUACUACCACUUCUUACAGUUUGGGGUACUAGCAUUGCAUUAUUUGUUUCAAUGAAGAAGCAUGCAAAAAAGGCAAAGGAAGUGAGGAAUCAUAGUGCUCCAACAAACGAACUUCAAACUAAAAUUGAAAAGAAAUUGGCCCAAACUCUUGGAUUGAUGGUCGGUAUUUACACCCUCAAUCUCUUCCCUGCAAUCGCUGUGUUAAUAGCUGGUUUAAUAUGGUCGAAUGUACAUUACAAUAACUUAGAAGAUCUUAGUGAGGUCAGUGCAUCAGCCUAUAUUUCACUGGAAUUUUUAGCGCAUUUUGUGCUCAUGUCAAAUAGUUUAUGGAACUGUUUCAUAUAUAGCGUCAGAAAUGAGGAUUUCCGCAACGAAGCUCGCCAAGUGGUGAAGCGCUCUACUGAUUUACGGAGACUAUUGACUAAGAAAUUUAGAGCGAAUGAUACUCCAGUUGUGUAUAACAACUAUCGUGAACAGACAGUUGAUUUUGAAACGCAAUUCACAAAUCCAAAUGUACUUGACGAUAAUGGUGUUACAGCGAUGACCAACGAUGGUGCUCUCAAUGCUACAGAUUCGCCCAUCGCGACAGCCAAACCAAUAUUUGUUAGAAGAUAUACUGAAUAACUUUUCAUUUGCGUAGUGAAGUCAUUUUGAAAUAUUUUUCGUUCAAAAUCGUCAUUGAUUGUUGAAAAAAUAAUUUUAUGCUUUACGAGAUUCUUUGAAUAUUUGUACUACUUAACUGAUAUAAGGUGUCGAAGAAGAGAAAGUUAAAAUAGUAAUAACAAAAUGAAGCUCAAUGAAUCCAGAAUCUGCGUUCCUUAGAUGACUUUAUCACAAGUUGUUUCUAAUAUUAAACACCAACUUAAUACCUCAGCAUAAUACGUAUCAAAUCUUUUUCUUAUUAUUGAAUUAAAUCAUUCAAUUUUCAGAAAA